GUGAUCAAGCAUGCUCUAAACAACAUCCUUUCAUCUCUUCUUUCUUCUUUAUUUAGUUUUAAGUUUUCAACUAUGGAACUUAACCUUGAUUCGAUAUUCGCUCCAGCGGUUCCCAAUGAGAUUCAUGGAAUCAAGCUCUUGAGACAAACUUCGGAUGCUAAGCUCGCUGAACUCGGGGUUGCCUCUUGGCCUUUAUGGGAAAGCAUUCCACGCAAAUUUCCAUGGCAGUUUAAGAACACAGAAACGAUGUACUUCGUCGAGGGGCAGUUGAAGGUGAAGGUAGAAGAGCAUCACAAAGAAGGAGAAGCCUUAGAAUUAAUGGCAGGGGAUUUGGUUGUGUUUCCUAAAGACAUGAAAGUUUUUGUGGAUGUAACUGAAGAAGUGAAGAAACGUUAUUAUAGAGGAGAGGGAGAGAUUGUAGAAUCUGAAUUACCUUAAUAUAUAUAUUAAAGGGAUUUUAAUCUCUUAUCCUCAUAAGGCUACUAGAGUCUAUACAAGUAAGUUUGUAUCUUGUAAUCAUAUCUUUUACAAUGUUGAAUGCAUUAUGGAAUAAUAAAAGAUGACUCGGGUUUCUUUCGAGGUCACAA